GUCUGCAACGCGGCCAGCUGAACAACGUGACAACUUCAACCACCAUGAAAGCGCUUGUGAAACGAAGGAAUGUGUUUUGAGUAUUUAGAUGUCCCAAUAUUAUAGCCUAGUGGUAAUGAAGUUCUUAAUAAAGUGGAUGCGGUGUCCGUCUGUGAUACUGACAUCAACUUGUAUUCCAGGAACCAGGUGGUGCAGGUCAUAGCCUCGAUUCCAUUUACGCCGGGUCACGAGUGUGCAGGGACAGUGGUCAAAUGUGGCCCCGAUGUCAAAGGGGUGGCGAUGGGGGCACGGGUCAGGGUGAAGAACCACUAUUAAUGUGGGGAUAUUCACCAGUGUCAACAUGACGCCAAGGCCAUAUUCAAAAACAUGGUGCAAUUUGGAACCGGCAAGAGGACACAAUAUGGAGGUUGUUCCGAGUUUACCAUAGUACCAGCAAAAUAUCUGUACCAGCUGACAACUAAUAUUGGAAAAGCCUUACGUUGAUUGGUGUGAAAGUGUGCAACGCGGACAGCUGAUCAACAUGGCAACUUCAACCACUAUGAAAGCGCUUGUGAAAACGAAGGAAGGCAAGUCAUUUGAGUAUUUAGAUGUCCCAAUACCAGAGCCCAGCGGUGACGAAGUUCUUAUUAAAGUGGAUGCGGUGUCUGUCUGUGGUUCCGACAUUAACUUGUAUUCCUGGAACCAGGUAGCACAGGUCAUAGCCUCGAUUCCAUUUACGCCAGGUCACGAGUGUGCAGGGACAGUGGUCAAAUGUGGCCCCGAUGUCAAAGGGGUGGCGGUGGGGGCACGGGUCGGGGUGGAGAACCACUAUUACUGUGGUGAGUGUUACCAGUGUGAACAUGACGCCAAGGACAUAUGCAAGAACAUGGCGCAAUUUGGAACCGGCAAGAGAACACAAUAUGGAGGUUGUUCCGAGUUUACCAUAGUACCAGCAAAAUAUCUGUACCAGUUGACAACUAAUAUUGACGCAGACGAGAUUGCAAUGCUGGAGCCGCUAGGUGUCGCUCACAACGCCGUGGAGAGACUGGAAGUGGCGGGAGAGGAUUUACUGGUCAUUGGCUGCGGACCUAUUGGUCUACUGGUACUCAUGGUCGCUAAGGGUCUCGGGGCAAAAAGGGUUGUAUCAGCUGAUAUUAACCAAAUUCGACUUGAUAUGGCAAAGUCCUUUGAAGCAGACGUAGCUAUAAACACACAGAAUGAAAAUCUAAAAGAAUUUGUCCUGGAAUUUACCAAUGGUGACGGGAUGGGCAGGAUCUGUGAGUGUAGCGGCGCCAGCUUCAUGGUCAAUUUGACCUUCUCUAUACUAAGAAGGGGAGGGCAACUGGCCAUAGUGGGUAUUCCAAAAGUACCCCUGCAUGUGGAAAAUGUGCUGCAAGACUUCUUGUUCAAGGAAUUGACAUUGAAGACCAUUUAUGGCCGCAAGAUCUUUCACACAUGGAUGGAAACCGAGAGGUUAGUGGCAGACGGCAUAAUUGACGUCAAGAAGGUCAUCACGAGCAGGUUUCCGAUGUCGCAGUACGAGGACGCGUUCAAGGCGCUGUUUGAGGGGAAGGACUGUAAGAUAGUGCUCUAUCCCUCCCAGUGAUUGGAGCACACAAGUCACGUGUCCACGUCAUAAAAUAGAGAAA